GAGUGUAACCGUGCACGUUUGGGGAAAAGUGGGGCGGGAGGAAAAUGAGUCGGCGAUUGAGCCCCCUAUUCCAGCGAUUACUCGCUAAUUCUGACAUUUUGAUUUCUGUUCUGCAGGCAGUUGCGGCCAGAAACUGUCGCCAUGCCUCGAAAAAUCGAAGAGAUCAAAGAUUUUCUGUUGACUGCAAGGAGGAAGGAUGCAAAAUCUGUUAAGAUCAAGAAGAAUAAAGAUAAUGUAAAGUUCAAGGUGCGUUGUAGCCGGUAUCUGUAUACACUGGUCAUCACAGAUAAGGAAAAGGCUGAAAAACUGAAGCAGUCUUUGCCACCAGGUUUGGCUGUAAAAGAACUGAAGUGAAUCUGUCAUCCUUAGAAUUUGGCCUGUACAUUGUAAUAAAUGAAUGAACUUUC